UACUAAACCGACUCAGCUGGCAGAGUGAGGAGUUUAUAACCUUAAGUUAAUUUUGAUUUAUAAUUCAUUGAUUGUGUUGUUUUGAUAAUUAACUCGACAUUUAGUUCUAAUUUGGCUUACUAAUUAAUAUCUAGUUUGCAAGUCUUCAUUUUUAUAAGACAACUGUAAAAUUACUGUUCAUUCUACUGCCUGUAAUCCUCAAGUUUUCAUUUACAAAUUAUUAAGAUCACAAAAUGAAAAAUUCAAACUGUAAAAACUUACCUCAAUAUUUGUUCUUAGCAAUUAUUUUGAUUAAUUUUUCUUCUUCCAUUGCUCUGAAAGGAAGUGUUCCUCUUGAUUCUUUAACAUUUGAUAAGGUUGUUGGAAAAUUUAAAGCUGCCGUUGUCAAAUUCGAUAUUCAAUAUCCUUAUGGAGAGAAACAUGAUGAAUUUGGAGUUUUAGCCAAUUCUCUGAAAAAUAAUGACGAUAUUUUGGUAGCUGAAGUCGGUGUUCAAGAUUAUGGAGAAAAUGAAAAUCAAGAUUUAGCAGAUAAAUAUGGUGUCAAAAAAGAUGACUUUCCUGUUGUCAAGUUGUUUAUUUCCAGUAAUCUUGAUAAACCCAUCGAUUUCCCAGCUUCUGAAGAUUUCAAGGCUGACAAUUUGAAAAACUUUAUCAGAAAACACACUGGUAUUCGAAUGAUUCUUGACAAGUGCCUCGGCGAUUUCGAUAAUAUUGCCAGUGAAUUUAUGAAUUCGGAAAUUAGUAAAGACCAACAAGCUAAGCUUCUGGAGAAAGCACAGUCUCAAGCUACUAAACUAACCAAGGAAGAUGAUAAGAAAUCGGCUGACAUUUACAUUAAGCUUAUGCAAAAAGUCAUAGAACGUGGAUCUAAAUUCAUUGAAAGUGAAAAAGUACGCGUUAAGAAUAUUAUGGAUGGCAAAAUUUCUAAGACCAAAAAAGAAGAGAUGCAAGCAAGACUUAAUAUCCUUGCAAGUUUCAUUGCUUCUGAUGAAAAAUCCGCCGCCAAAGAAGAUCUUUAGAGAACUUUUUCUCGCUCACAAUUCAAAAUCGCUCGAAUUGUCAGAUUGAACAUCAUUCCAUUUCUCUAACAGUUGCCAUUUAAAUUUGAAUAAGUUUUUCUCUUUGAUAAACUUAAUCUUCCCAUGGACAGUUUAUAAUGAGUGAUUCCCUUAUUCACUUUGAACAAUUACCUCUUUCAAUCCUAAGUCACUUUAAAACCAUAUUUAGAUCAAUAAUUUCACCAUUAUUGUCUUGAUAAUAGCAAUAAUAUAAUUUAAAGUCAACUUUUUUCAGUCUCAUCUUUUGUCUUCAAUUUUCCAACUAACAAAUGACAAACUUCAAUGAUCAUGUAGGCUAUUGGUGAAUUAUCGAAUAUUAAUCAAUUGUAAACAGGUCUAUUUAUUUUCCUUACUGCCAAAAAACUACAAUGACAUUUUUCUACUAAUUGUAACUACAUAAUUAUGCAUAUUCUGCAUUCCAUGACACUUUUGAUUAUUGUCUAUUCCAAUUGAAUAUUUACCAUUCCAAUCGAACAAGUUGUAAUUUAUAAUUUCAAAUUUUUCUAACUACAAUGUAAUAGUAGAUUGUAACCAAAAUGGAAUCUUCUUUAAACAGAAAAAUAAACAACGUAAUUG